GUCUGUGUGGUGAGGAUUUGUGACUGCAACACUCAUAGGAGCCAUGGGUUGGAAGGAGUCGUCUAAAAAGAAGAAGAUUAUUAUAUGUCUCUUGGCUGUGUCCAUCGUGACCCUGAUUCUCGGGCUUGGACUUGGACUUGGACUGGACUUGAAGAAAUGUCAAAACAAAGUUCCUGCCAUCCCCCAGACGUCCUGCAGGGGGCGCUGCUACGAGCCCUACGACAGUGAGGUGCCCGGCUGCAGGUGUGACAAGAACUGUGAAUCCAGCAAGAGCUGCUGCUUGGACUACCACGACAGCUGCACUGUUCCAACCCAGCAGUGGCAGUGCACGAAGCUGCGCUGUGGAGAGAAGAGGCUGACGCAGAGCAGGUGUCACUGCUCUGAUGACUGUCUGUCUGCAGGGGACUGCUGCACCAACUUCAAACAUGUCUGCCAUGGAGACACAGAGUGGGUAGAGGACCCCUGUGCAGACCUCUCAGCUCCUUCAUGUCCAGCCGGCUUUAGGCAGCAGCCCCUGCUCCUCGUCUCUCUGGAUGGCCUGCGGGCCGAGUACCUGCAGACAUGGGCCGCUCUCAUCCCUGUUCUGGACAAGCUCAAGCAGUGUGGAACCUCCGCUCCAUACAUGCAGGCAGUGUUCCCCAGCAAGACCUUCCCCAAUCACUACACCAUUGUUACGGGUCUCUAUCCGGAGUCCAACGGUCUGAUUGACAACGUUAUGUACGACCCGGUGUUUGACGCCUCAUUCAGUCUGUCCGGUCCGGAGAAAGACAACCCCGCCUGGUACCUCGGACAGCCUAUUUGGCACACAGCGAAGCACCAGGGGCUGAAAUCUGGAACUUUCUUCUGGCCGGGAUCAGACGUCAAAGUUAACGGAAGCUAUCCUGAUAUCCACGAACCUUACAAUGGUAAAGUGCCGUUUGAAGAAAGAGUAUUCACUGUGUUGAAGUGGCUCCAGCUACCAGACGCUGACAGGCCAGAUUUCUACACGCUGUAUCUGGAGGAGCCUGACAAAUCUGGCCACAGCUACGGUCCUGUCAGUGGAGGGCUCAUUGAAGCUCUCCAGAGUGUGGAUAAGAUAAUUGGUCAGCUCAUGAACGGCCUGAAGCAGAUCAGCCUCCACCGCUGUCUCAACAUCGUCAUCGUGGCAGAUCACGGUAUGGAGGAAACGAGUUGCGAGAGGAAGGAGGUGCUGCAGGAUCUGGUGGGCGACAUCAGAAACUACUGGGUGACUGAGGGACCAUUCGGGCGCAUCAGAACCAAACACAACGUCACAGUGUUUGACUCAGCUGGACUUGUGGCCAACAUGACUUGUAAGAAGCCGGACCAAAAGAUCAAGCCUUACCUGAAAGCCAACCUGCCGAAGCGCCUCCACUUUGCCAACAGCCGGCGCAUCGAAGACGUUAACGUCCUGGUGGACCUAAAGUGGCUGUUUGAGAGAUAUCCAGGAUCUCUCCCAUUCUGCUCCGGCGGCACUCACGGCUAUGACAACGAUGCAGAGAGCAUGCACGCCAUGUUUGUCAGUUACGGACCCAAGUUCAAGAACGUAACAGAAAUUGAACCUUUCUCCAACAUUGAGCUAUACAAUCUCAUGUGUGACCUUUUGCAGAUCACUCCAAUUGAGAACAACGGGACCCACGGCAGUAUGAACCAUGUCCUCAGGGAACCCUAUUUUAUACCAGCGCAUCCUGAAGAGCGGAGUGGACCGACUAGCUGUCCUCUGAUCAGCCUCAACCCUACAGACAGCCUGGGAUGCACAUGUGAUGCCCUGAGUGACAAUUCAAUCAACAGCCGUCUGAAUCUGACAGCAGAGCAAGAGUUUGCUGCGAAGAAGAAGCACUUUCCGGAGGGCCGCCCUCGGAUGCUGCAGCCUAACAAGAGUUACUGUGUCCUCCCCCAGGAGGGAUUCAUCACCGCCUACAGCCUCACAGCCCUGAUGCCUCUGUGGAGCUCCUUCACCAUCGACAAGCCAACAAACCUGGACCCGUUACCACCGGUUACACCAGACUGUUUGAGGGCUGACGUCAGACUCCCAGCAUCCAACAGUGCCAGAUGUGACCACUACAUAGCUCCAGGGAACCUGACGACCGCCUUCCUGCACCCACCAAAUUUGAAUGAAAAAGGUGACCAGAAGUAUGAUGCUCUACUAAUGAGCAAUGUUGUGCCAAUGUACCCCGAGUUUAAAAAGAUCUGGGACUACUUUCACAACACCCUAUUGAAGAAAUAUGCAUAUAUUUAUAACAGCAUCAACGUGGUGACAGGACCCGCCUUCGAUUACAACUACGACGGACAAUGCGACACUCCAGAGCAGAUCCAACAGUUUGUGUCGGGCACAAACAUCCCCAUCCCCACACAUUACUUUGCAGUGUUGACCAGCUGCAAGUUCAAUGAGCAACCUGUAAGCGAGUGUGCUGGCGAGCUGCAGAGUGUUUCCUUCCUGCUACCUCACUUAUCCCACAACUCGGAAAGCUGCAAAAGUACAGAAGCCGAAUCUCAAUGGGUGGAAGACCUCAUGUGGUUCCAUCAGGCACGACUCAGAGACGUUGAGUGGAUCACAGGAUUGGAUUUUUACCAGGAGAGCGAUCGACCAAUCCCAGAGCUGCUAAAGGUGAAGACCCGCCCCACAGCUGCUAUUCACAGAAAACGAUAAAAUUGCUAUUUUCCACAGAGAAAACACCGGGAUAAAUAUAUUAUACUGUAUCUGCUAAAGUAAUGUAGUGAAUAAAUAGUCUUGAAUUAUGCUCUCACUUUGUACUGAAGAUUUGUGAGUG